UCGGGAGCGGCUCCCUUGUGAACCGGUGAUGAGUCAGCCAUUUUACUGUAGUCUUCCAGAAUAAACGUCCAUUCUCCUUUAUACACCAAAUCAGCGAUAUAUUCACUUCGGUUGUGGCUAAACCCCAUGAGCCGUAAGCACCUUGUGAUGUCACAGAGUCACGUGAUAUGCCAAAGUCGCGUGAGUUUUGUUAGAACACCAGCAGGGAAAUAUCUGCCUCAUGGUUACUUCUCGCCGCCUAUACGGUCCGCGUUCUGAGGAGAGAGACGCCAUUUUGCUGUAGCCUCUCCGCCUGUGUGUGUACCAUAAUGAGACUCACUGGACUACAACUCCCAGACGCCCUUGCGGCCCCAAAUGUGUUUCAUUUGAUAGUUCCAGGCAGGAUCUGACCUGCAUCCUGUGGUAAUGUAUCUACUACUACCACCAUCAUCCUUAUCAGACAGAACUGCAUGAAAUCUGAUUAUUUGAAGCCCCUGUGCGGUUAUUGCACUACAGAGCAGCGCAGAGGCUCAGUGCAUUCAUUUUACUGGGGUCUGAGGUGUCCCCACUCGCUCUGUUCUCAAAUGCAUUUACGUUUAUCGCAUUUUCGUCCCUACCACGGCGCUUUCAUGGUCUGUGUCCAACGCAAGAACUGAUCAGCAGAGGAUGAAGACGGGCGGCGAUGAGAUGACCCCGAAAAUACUGAAUGUCACCCUGGAGAUCAUCUACCUGCUGACCGGACAGGAUUAUGGUCCCAUAAAUAAGUCCACCCAGCAUGGAGGACGGAGCGAGAUCCGGAGAACCACAGCGGAGCCUCUGCCUCCCUCCCAGAGAAACCUCAAGAAGAUCCUGGACCUGACCAACAAGAUCAUUGAGCUGCUGACGGGAGAGGAGUGGGAAUAUUUAGGACACAAGGACCUGUACAGAGACGUCAUGAUGCAGACUCAGCCAUCCCUUACAUCACCAGAUGGGUCCAGUAAGAGAAUCACAUUAAAGAGACGUCUCAGUCCUGAUGAUCCACGAGAAUCUACAGGGUCAAGUCACAGCAUCCCCCAGGAUUAUCAGGUUGAAAGCUUAAAAGCUAUUAAGGUGGAAGCUGAAGAGGCAGAGGAGGAUGAGCCGUGCAAGGAGGAGGAGGAGACCCCUACAGAUAUCUCUCCAGAUGGGUCCAGUAAGAAAAACACAUCGGAAAGGCGUUCCAGCCCGGACGAUCCACCGCAGUCUAGAGAGGAAAGUCACAGCUUCCCGAAGGAUGAGCAGGUUGGAAGCUUAAAACCUGUCAAAGGAGAAGUUGAAGAGACAGAAGAUUGGGGGGAUAAGUCAUACCAGAUGGAGACCCCUACAUAUGUCUAUCCAGGUGCGUCAAGUAUGAGUAUCAGAUCAAAAGGAUGCUGCAGUCUGGAUGAUCCAGAGGAGUCUGCAGAGGAAAGGCACAGAGUCCUGGAGGAUGAUCAGGACGAAAGUUUAAGAAUUAUCAAAGUAGAAGCUAAAGAGGUGGGAGUUUUGGGGAAAGAGCAGUGUAAACAGAAGAAAAGUGCAAAUGUCAGCCCAGUGUCGACCACCUAUAGUAAUAUAUACACAUGCACGGACUGUGGUAAAGGCUUCCCCUUUAAAUCAAAGCUGAUUCGGCACAGACGCAUUCACACGGGAGAGGCGCCGUAUUCAUGUCCUGACUGCGGCAAAUGCUUUAAACAUAAAACAUCGCUCGUCGACCACCAGAGAAUCCACACGGGAGAGAAGCCCUUUGCUUGUUCUUACUGCGGACAGACAUUUGCCCACAGGUCCACCGUUCUGGACCACGAGAGGACUCACACGGGCAGUAAGCCCUUCUCCUGCUCUGAAUGUGGCCAGAGCUUCACCAUGAGAUCCACGUACGUGAACCACACGAGACUACACACGGGGGAGAAGCCGUUCUCUUGUUCCGAUUGUGGUAAAUGCUUUGCACAGAAAUCUGCACAUGACAAACACCGGUACCUUCACACUGGAGAGAAGCCGUUCCCCUGUGCAGAGUGCGGGAAGACUUUUUCGGGGAGAUCGCUUCUUGCAGAACACGAGAGGACUCACACGGGGGAGCGGCCGUUUUCAUGUUCUGAAUGCGGCAAAUCCUUUUCUCACAGAUCUACCCUGACCACACACAAGUUAACGCACUCGGGGCUGAAGAUGUUCUCCUGCCCUCAGUGCGACAAGUCCUUCACUACCAAAAAAGCUCUUGCAAGACACUGGUCAACCCAUAUCGGGCUCCAGUAAUUUCCACAAUAUGAAUGUGGGAGAAAUAAGAAUCGAGGCCUGGGGAAGCAGGCCACAGGACACACCCUAUCCAGGAUGGUGCCCUCAACAGUUCUGAAUGGAAGCCCUUGCAGCUUGGCGACCCUCGCCACUACCGUGCAGUAGAUACUCUUACUUCAGGGCAGAAAUGCGAGGGAGGGAGUUAUGAAAAAUUUCAGUUGAACCCAGUGGAUGCACACUUCCAGAUGUGAGGACCAUGGUCACUACAUUGCUAGUUCCCACACUGACCCACUAGCAAAACAGCUGCAUAUGUAGCUUUAAACAACCCAGCAGAUAUCAGUUGCCCGGUCCAAAAACCUGAUUCCCUGCGCAGUAACUGUGUUAUAAUCUCAGCUGUUUACACGCCAGACUGCAUUUUCUGGCACAGGAAGUGUAACCGCCAUAUUGGCACUCGAGAGCCUUUGUUUCUGUCACCCAGACCUUGAAUGAGCCUGCCCAUCCCUCCCAUUGCUCUUCCUGGCAGUCUCCAUCAGACAUAUUUGAAUGAAUCUAUACCGUAGAGUAUAACCAGAUGCCAGGGAUGUGGUGGCCCCAGUGCGGUCACCCUAGGUUAGAGCCUAUAAAGUUUCCAGAAGGGAGUUGCUAGCUUUCACCUUGCAGCCAUGGACAGGCGAAGCAUGAGAUUUUAUAAUAAAGAGAGGAGGCAUUUUUGUUACUCCGUAGUCUGAUGGAUUAUUGUCUAACUUGCUGGAGAUGCUGAAAGGCUGCGUAUUCUUUUGCAACCAUUUUUAUUAUUGCUGCAAUGA